CACAGAGCGUGGGGGAGAGGGAGGAAGAAGGACCCAGAGAGAGGUGACGUGUGUGUCCCCUUGCGCCUGCCCGUCUGCCUGCACCCCAGGAAUGGGGGCCCCAGUAACCUGCCUGCUGCUCCUCCUGCACCUCACAGCUGGGACGUCUGCAGAGCCGCACUAUGUGGUGGUGAGCCCAGCCGAGCUCUACCACCCGCACACGGGGACGGUGUCAGUUCAUCUCGGCGACCUCAACGAGACCGUCCGGGUGAGCGUCCGGCUGGAGAGGGGGGAUGGGCCCAGUGCUAUCACCCUGCUGGAGAGAGAGGUCCGGGAGCCCCGUCUGCACGAGAACGUGCGCUUCCAGGUUCCAGCCCCGUCCGGGGGGCAGCAGGAAGUGGCAGAGCUGCAUGUCUCGAUCCGGGGAGAUGCCCUGCAGUUCUCUGAGCGGAAGAAGGUGCUGCUGCGGGCGCUGCAGCCCGGGACCUUUGUGCAGACAGACAAGGCCGUCUACAAGCCGGGACAGACAGUGAAGUUUCGAAUCGUCAGUUUGGACAAAGACUUCGUUCCCAUUACCCGGAAGCUGCCCCUGGUGACCGUGCAGGAUCCCAGCGGGAACCGCAUCGCCCAGUGGCGAGAUGUGACUCCGCAGCAGGGCAUCGUGGAUCUGUCCCUCCCGCUGUCUGCAGAGCCGGCCCUGGGGACGUACGCCAUCGAGGCGCAGGGGACGAGGCACUCGUUCAGCGUGGAGGAAUACGUGCUGCCCAAGUUUGAAGUGACCCUGGAGCUGCCCCCCGUGAUGACGGUGCUGGAUGAGAUGCUCCUGCUGCGGGUGUGCGGCCGAGACACCUACGGGAAGCCCGUCCUGGGGAGGGUCCAGGCCAGCCUGUGUCGGAAGGAAAUAUCAGAAGAUCCCUGGUACGGGGUUCUGUGCACGGAGCUUACUGGCCAGACUGACAGCAACGGCUGCUUUUCCAGAGAGGUGGAGAUGGCUCGCUUAGUGCCGACCGACUCUGGCUAUGGGAUGAUCCUGCAGGCCAAGGCGUCUCUCGUGGAGGACGGGACAGGGGUGCAGUUCAACACGACCAAGCACUGCAACAUCAUGUCUAAAAUCCCUAUGGUGACCUUUGAGGACACUGAUGCUACCUACAAGGCUGGAAUCCCCUACACUGGCAAGAUGCUCCUGAAGGCGGCAGAUGGCUCUGCGCUGAAGAAUGAGAAGCUGCAGCUCUUUGUUAGCUCUGGGGAUGAGAAUAAGAACCAGACCUUCCUGACGGACGAGUCUGGCAGAGCCUCCUUCGAGCUGGACACCUCCGGCUGGACCGGGAGCGUCACUCUGAGGGGGCACUUCAAGCAGGUGAACGACAGCGCUGAGCAUGACAGAGUCUCUCCUAGUUACCCGGAUGACGAACGUUACCUGCAGCCCUUCUACUCCAAGAGCCAGAGUUUCCUGAAGAUCCGCUGGCUGGGAGGGGGGCUGCCCUGCGACCAGGCCCAGCAGCUCCAGGUGGAUUACGUCAUUGCUAGGGAGGCCCUGGAGAACGGGUCCAGGAGCCUGGAGUUCAUCUUCCUGGUCGUGGCCAAGGGAGCCAUUGCCAGGAUCCUCCACAAGGGGCUGGACCUCAGGGAGGGGGCUGGGCUGAAGGGCUCCUUCUCUGUGGAGCUGCCCGUCGGAGCUGACCUGGCGCCCGCUGCCAAGGUGCUGGGUUACACGGUGCUGCCCGAUGGCGAGAUGGCUGCCGACAGCUCCCGGCUGCACGUGCCCAAGUGCCUCCCGAACAAGGUGAAGCUGGCCUUCUCGCAGGACCGGGCCCUGCCGGGCUCAGAGCUCCAGCUGCGGGUGCAGGCUGCCCCCGGGUCCCUGUGCGCCGUCCGCGCCGUGGAUCAGAGCGUGCUGCUCAUGAAGCCCGAGGCCGAGCUCAGCGUCGACACGGUCUAUAACCUGCUCCCGGAUUUUCCCCGAGGAGACUAUCCUGACGCAGUGCGAGAGCCUGAGUCAUGUCCUUCUACGCACAGUGCCAUUCUAGUUGCUCACUGCCGUGCCUUAGGUCCCAGGUGGAGGUGUCGCAGAGGGACUAGCAGCCGGACUCCCACACUGGCUAACGCCUACAGCCUGUUUAAGGAUGCGGCUUUGAAAAUUCUCACCAACACCAUCACCGAGGAGCCCUGUGAACAUGAACACUUUUUAACACGUCAUGCUGUCCUAGCCUCACCUGUCUGGCGUGGCCCCGCAUUGUCCUCACCAGGCAUGAUCCCUGGGGCAGCACAUGUGGACAGUGCAGCAGGGACCCCAGUGAGCAAUGCCCGGCCUGUGCCAGAAGCCUGCACCCAGGAGGAGCCAGCGCCACGUCCGUACUUCACAGAGACGUGGCUGUGGGACCUGGUGCCUGUGGGCGAGGGGGGCUCCAAGGACGUCCCAGUCUCGGUGCCCGACACCAUCACGGAGUGGAAAGCUGGGAUGUUCUGCACGGCGGAGCUGGGCUUUGGGCUCUCGCCCAUGGCCACCUUCACGGCCUUCAAACCCUUCUUUGUGGAGCUGGCCUUGCCGUACUCCGUGAUCCGGGGAGAGGCCUUCGCCCUAAAGGCCACCGUCUUCAACUACCUGCGGCAGUGCAUCAAAGUGCGGGUGACGCUGGCAGAGUCUGCGCAGUUCCAGGUGCAGGCGGGCGAGGACGGUGCCUACACCAGCUGCCUCUGUGCAGACGAAAGGAAAACCUUCCUGUGGGAGGUGACGGCGACCAGCCUGGGGGAGGUGAACUUCACCGUCAGCACUGAGGCUCUGCACACCGAGGAGCUGUGCGGCACAGAGCUGGCCGUGGUGCCGGCCCAGGGGCGAGUGGACACUGUGAUAAAGCCCCUGCUGGUCCAGCCGGGGGGGAUCCUGGAGGAGAAGGCGCACAGCUCCCUGCUCUGCCAGGAAGCCUCCGAAGAAAUCUCCUUGCAGCUGCCUGUGAACGUCCUGGCGGGGUCCGAGCGGGCCCACGUGACUGUCCUGGGAGACAUAAUGGGCACGGCUCUGCAGAACACAGUACAUCUGCUGGCCAUGCCCGACGGCGAUGGAGAGAAGAACAUGGUCCGGUUCGCUCACAACAUCUACAUCCAGCAGUGCCUGGAGAAGAGCGGGCAGCUGAGCCCAAAGAUCAGAGACGAGGCCAAGGGAUUCCUCCAGAGCGGCUACGAGGGCGAGCUGCUCUAUAAGCACAACGACGGCUCUUACAGCACCUCCAGGGAGAGUGACGCCAGGGGCAACACCUGGCUGACGGCCUUCGUUCUCAAGUCCUUUGGCCAGGCCAGGCCCUACAUCUCCAUCGACGAGAAGCACGUAGAAGAUGCCCUAAGGUGGCUGCAGCGCCGCCAGCGGAAGACCGGCUGCUUCCGCAGUGUGGGGAAGCUGUUGAACAACGCCCUGCAGGGCGGCAUGGUGGACGAACUCUCUGUCUCGGCUUACGUCACGGCGGCGCUGCUGGAGCUGGGGCAGCCGCUUACGGACAGCAUGGUGACCAGGGCCCUCCAGUGCCUCCGGGAGUCGAGCACCAGCGACCUCUACACGCAGGCGCUGCUGGCCUACGCCUUCGGGCUGGCGGGGAGCACUGAGCUGCGGGACGCCCUCCUGCAGCGCCUGGCCCAGCACAGCGUCAGCGCCGGGGAACAGCUCCACUGGCAGGGGAAGCCCAGCUCCUACGGGAACAAGGCCCCAUCGGCGGAGGCAAUGACGGCUUACGUGCUCCUGGCCUAUCUCUCCCUGCCCAACGUAUCUGCUGCCGACAUGACGACCGCCGCCCAGAUCGUCCGCUGGCUCAGCAAGCAGCAGGACAUCUACGUGGGCUUCAUCUCCACGCAGGACACGGUGGUGGCCCUGCAGGCCCUGGCCAAAUACGCGGCCCUGACGUACAUUGCGAGCGGGGCUGUGUCGGUGACGGUGAGCUCCCAGGCCGGGGCCCGGCAGCAAUUCCACGUGGACAACGCCAACCGGCUGGUGCUGCAGCGAGCGGCCCUGCAGGAGAUCCCCGGGCAGUACACGGUGCGGGCCAGCGGCAAGGGCUGUGUCUUUGUGCAGCUCACUCUGCGCUACAACGUGCCGCCCCCAAAGAGCGCCGCGACCUUUGACCUGCGGGUGGAGACGGAGCCGAAGGAGUGCACCGAGAGCGCCACAUCCCGCUUCAGCCUCGUGCUGCACGCCCGGUACAGCGGGGAGCACCCAGCCACCAACAUGGCCAUCAUCGAGGCCAAGCUGCCGUCUGGCUACACCCCCGUCCAGAGCUCCCUGCGGCAGCUGGAGAAGCAGCCUUUGGUGAAGAGGCUGGAGGUGCAGAAUGACCAGGUGAUGCUCUAUCUGGACCAGCUGACGAAGGAGGCGGCGAGUUUCACCUUCUCCCUGGAGCAGGAUUUCCCUGUGAAGAAUCUCAGAGCAGCCCCAGUGAGACUGUACGAUUACUACGAGAUGGGUGAACACACAGAGGCUGAGUACAGCGCCCCCUGUGGCUCAGCCCCUGACGCCGACAUGAUGGAAAAUUCCCACUGAAGCCCCCACCCCUGCUGGGCAGCCCCCUCCCCUCCCAUCCGAAGAGCCCCUUGCUGGCAGCCGACACCCCAGGAUCGAGGGGCACGGACAGGCCUCGUCUCAGCUGCUUCCCUUCCCCGAACCAGCUUCACUAUCCCCCUUAGCACCUUCUUCAGCCAACGCCUCCCCGUUCGCUCUGCAAACAUCCCACCUGCUCUCCCAUCUCUCAGCCCCCAGACCGGCCCGCGUGAUCCCAGCUGUCUGUCACACGCGGGUAUCAGCGCCUGCAGUGGGGACCCCUGGGGUUUGCUGCCCGUCCUGCCUGGAGCAGCAGGUUCAGUGUAAAACAAAAUAGAAAAACCCACCU